CUCGCCUGAAGGACAGGUAAAUUCGAGUACUUCAGCUUGACCCUAGUCUCCCAGCUUGGCCCUUUGGCGACACCAGAUCUCCAGAUUUCAUUAUGUAAUGCUUCAAAUUGGAAUACUCACCCAGCAGUUGCACUGACCCGGAUUGUAUGCAUCAUGAUACUUCUGCUCGAGCCGAAUUCUGUGACAAUAAGAGCUAGAAGACUCAAGUCAUGCAGUCAAUGUUAACCGCUACUUAGUAUGUUUCAUUUCAGUCUCGACUAACGGAACGCUGCCGUUAUUUCUCCAAUGUCUAGCCCGAAUUCCAUUGGCACUACAUAAUUAAUAUUAAUAUCGAUCCCGACCAGGUCAGUUUGCCAGUCCUUUGACUCCCGCAUCUCUCGCUCCCUUUCCGCUGGCUCCAAGUCAGAAUAACAGAAUCCUGUCUUUUCUUGAUCAACGAUGUAUACUAGACUUGCAACACUCGCAUUUGCACUCGCUUCCUUGGUGAUGAUCAACGCCCAGUCACUGCUCCCAACAUUGACAUACACUUUAAUCGCCUCACAUGUUGGUUAUGACUUUCUAGGUAAUUUCUCUUGGGAGACAGAGGAAGACCCGACGCACGGCCGUGUCAACUAUGUCGAUCAAGCUACCGCUCUCAAAAAUAAUCUGACUUUCGUUUCGGACUCAAAGUUUGUCAUGCGCGCUGACGACACGAAGAAAGUUGCGAAUACUUCACGCGGGCGAGAAAGUGUACGCAUACAAUCGCUGGAGGCAUAUGAUGACGCAUUGUUCGUCCUUGACAUAGCGCACAUGCCCGAGGGUUGCUCAACGUGGCCUGCAUGGUGGACAUUGAGUCAGCAGGGGCCCUGGCCUCACGGUGGCGAAAUAGAUAUCAUCGAAGGCGUCAACCUCGGUCAAAGUAAUCUUGCCUCGCUACACACCACACCGAAUUGCACUAUGCCAGAGGUUCGAUCACAGAGAGGCAAUACGACAUCCACUUCGUGCGACACAUCCGUGAACUCCAACCAGGGUUGCGGAGUCUCUUUUCCUGAGCAGAAUUCUUACGGAGAAGGCUUCAACGACGGGGGCGGUGGCUUUUACAUCAUGGAAAAAAGCAGCACGAAGGGUGUCUCAGUCUGGUUUAUAAGCCGUUGGGACUGGCUGGUUCUCAAUGACGAGCCCAUGUUGGACUUGAUGCUUUUAUCAACACCUGAUGCGUACUUCCCGAUGCAUGACGAGGCGUCGAACUGCAGCUACUCCGACCACUUCAACGCACAUAGCAUUGUUUUUGAUCUGACAUUCUGUGGCGACUGGGCAGGGUCGGUGUGGGAGACGACCACAUGUGCAAAAAAAGCCUCCACCUGCAAUAGCUUUGUUGACAACAAUCCUCACGAGUUCACCAAAGCCUAUUGGGAAAUCAACUCCCUCAAUAUAUAUACACCUACACAAGAUCUUUUGCGUUAAUUUGAUACCCGCACUCGAUUUUGUCACACUUACUUCCUCCUUAUACCAUACACUACACAGCCGUUAAUGGAGCAAGUCCGGACGAUCAUUUCACCACACUGUCAUUUAUCCUUUGCAUUGUUUACUGUACUCGUUAUGUUAGGUUAGACAAGAUUAGACAUUGGACAGUCAGCCGCAUCAACAUUAUAAUUCGGCUGCGUCAGCCACAUCCUUCUAUACCUUAUACCACCAGGAUGCGAUUCUUCAAAUCGUUUCGGCUACUGCAUCGUCGUACAAGGUCUGAAGGCGACGUGUCCCGCAUGGUUUC